AUGAUCAGUCAUUUGUUAUCAGAACAUUAUUUUUUUACUUCUUUCAAUCAUCGUAAGCAGUAACCUCUGGAUAAUCAUAUUUCAUCAAAUAAAAUCUUUAAAAAAUCAGAAAUAUAAGGUUGUUGUCGAAAUCUAAAAAAUAGACAUUUAGAUUGUAAAGGAGAAUAAUAUGAAAAAAGAGAUCUAAGUAAUGCAACUAAUGAUAAUUAAUUGUUAAAGCCUGAAACUGUAAGGUAAAACAAUCAACUUAAAUCAAAACCAGCAGUUUCAAGAUAUAUGAAGAAAUUAAUCAUUUCUAAUUUUAUAGAAAAUAGAUAAACUUUUUAUUCUUGUACUCCUAUGCAACCAAUAUAUGAUUAAUUUCUAAAUAGAUAUGAAUAAAAAUAAAGAGAUAGAGAAUUUUAACAUCAUUAUUUUAAUCGUGUUUAUAAACAUCAUUUAAGCAAAGCUAUAUAGUAUACUUUAUCAUAAGUAUUAAACUUUCUUUCUUUUGAUGAUAUUUUCAAAGUUAAUUUAGAUUAAAGUGAUUUUCAUAAAUACCUAUAAAGAUAACCAAAAUUACUUAGAAAUUCUGUAAGUUCUAUAGAUUUAUUCAAUUUUCAAUAAUCAUAAUUUGAUAAUCAAUUUUUGACUACCAAUAGAAAGAUCUAAUUAAUUACUAAUGUAUUCUAGGAUCCUCAUUUUAAUGCUUAAGAUAGAUAAGUUCUAUAUUAAGUGAUUAUAUUUUAAAUAAAAUAAACUUAAAAAUCACUUCUUAAAUUAGAAAAAGCUAGUAAUGGUAUUAAAGCAUUGAAUAGGUUUUAGAUUAAAAAAGAAAGUCAUUUAGAAUAAUUAACAUAAAUACUUGAUUUUAUGUAAAAUAACUAUGAUAAACUUGUUAAAUUAAUAUGA